CCAGCUAGGAGUAGGAGUCGGACUGGUGGCGAGGGUGGAUGCAGUGGGGUGCCGCGCCGCUUCCUCCUGUUCUGAUUAAACUUUCAAGGAGCCUGAAUUUUUUUUGAAGAGACGCAGGAGGAGGUCGGGCGAUCUUGUGUCUAGGUAGGUAGUUGUAAACAAGAAGCCGGAGAGCGGAGAGCGUAGGACAAUUGGUUUAUUGCUGUUGCUCUCGCAAUCGCGUCUUCUGAUGGAAGGGAAUGACAGAAGCGACGGCAACUCUGCAACAAGUGGUUUGAACACAACAUUUCCAAAGAGUGGCCUUGCAGACCCAUCUGCGGUGGCUCGGGGUUCGGAGCUCCUCUCGCUGUUGUUGAAGAAACCCCAGGCGCAAGGCGUGUCAGAAAGGUCAAAAACCCCUCCCGUGCAGCCUACAAUAAGCAAAGAGGAGACUGCAAGACCACUCACGCCACCAGCGAGGCUGCCUAAGCAUACGCUCAGCGAUUCCGCCUUGCCGGCAAGAUUAGGAGCCGCAUCUAAUCGGAACAGGAAGGUGGAGCACAACGGGAACAGGCGUGUUCAGAGAUUGCCGCCGAAAGGUGUGAAUGGACGAAGAGGGGAGAACGAGGAUGGAGAGAGGGAGGGCGAGGAUGCAAGAACAGUAGAGCAACAGGAGAGGAGGAUAAAUGAGUUGGGAUCGGAAGUGAAGGAAGGGACCGCACUAGAGAGCCAACAGGGCCCCGUCGCCCGCUGGCGUAUCCAGCGUAGCGCCACCCCGGUCGAUGACCGCACCCUGCAAAAUAAACCAAAGGGGCCUGACGGCACCAAGGGCUUUGCGGUGGGUCGCGGCAGACCCCUGAACACCCCCAUCGCAGAGCCUCUCAGAUCGAUCCUGGGGGAGCCCUCCUCUUCGGCUGGGACCCCGGUUGGGAGCCGACCGACAAGCGCUGAUGUCAGCAGACCUGCGAGCGCUGAUGCCAGCCAAAAGCACCGCAGAGGAAAUGGUCAGAGUGCUGAGGAACACCAGCAGAGGGAUCUGGCGCUCCAGCUGAAGAUCGCGCAGAUGCUUGUCGGGCGGGAGAUGGAAAGCGGGGGAUCAAGUAGAGGGGGGGAGAGGAAGCGGCCGAGCGGCGACGAGGAGGCGCCGUUCGCGCCGCCGCCGUCGCGCCAAGGCAGCCGGAGGGUUGAGGGAUCCCCCUCGCAUGGGGAGAGAGCGGAAGUCACUCUUUCUAGUGUGGAUGAGAGUGGCCCUAUUAGCAACCCUUCGGUUAACGUGGCCAAGCCCGGGGUUAGUGACAGACCCUUGGUUAGGAAGGAGGAACCAAAGCCCAGCGCGGAUCUGCAGAAGCUGACGCAGUUGCUUGAGGGGGCGUUUGGCGGCCGGGGGAUCCCUCCGGGGAGCGAGCUCGUGGCACGGGCGGCUGACGAGUGGCUCGAGACAGACUUGGCCUCCGCUCGGGACAAAGUCUCGGCCGCCCUAGAAAAGAGCAUCGGAGCCCCUGGGUAUGGCGAUCUGGUUGACCUAGAAAAGCACCUCAAAGCGACGCUCACGGAGCUGCGGCGCUUCCGUGCGGCCGUCGAGGAGGGGGCAGUUUCCAGUGACAGACCAACCCCCUCCGAGGAACGUGCGCGGGAGGGAAAGUUAGAGAUCGAGGUGAAACGGCUGAAGUACGAACUAGGGGCGGCGGCGGCGGAGGUUGGGCGGUUGGAGGCUGAGCUCGCUUUCGAGCGCACCGGGGGGGGUGUGAAAACAGGGCCGGCGGAAGGGGGCGCGGAGAGAGAACUAGAGCGGGUGAGGCUGGAGCUGCGGGCGUGGCAGGGUGAGGUGGAAAAGCUGAAGGGGGCUCUGGAGAGGAGCGAGGAGCAACGGCAGGCCAAGGGGGCGGCGGCAAGCCAAAAGUUGCAGGCAAAGGAGGCCGAGUUCGUUCAGCUCCAACAAGAACUGGGGACGCUGCGCGCCACCGCGCAGAACACAGAGGAUGCCCUGAAGCGCUCGCUCGAAGGAAACCGGCUCACGUUCGCUGCGGAGCUCGACCGGCUGCGUGAGCAGAUCACUUCGGACGCCGACGAGAUCGGACGGCUGCGGGCGAAGAACGCGGCCGAGCUCGAGGAAGUCGGACGGCUGAGAUCGCAGGUGGCGUCCGCAGACGUGUUCUUCGGACUACCGUCCAAAUCGGACCGCACGGGAGGCAGGGACGCUCAGCUGGGGGGCACCACUCAGCAGCGGCAAGAGGGGGGGGUCCCUGACGUUCUCAGCCAGAUCUUCUCCAAGGGGCCGUCGGUUGCCUCGUCAGGAAUGACGUGGCAGCAGCAGGACUUGGCACGUCAGCACGAGGCUCCGUCUUUCCAGCCCAGUGCCCCCCUGCGCCAGCCGGAAGUGCCCGCCAGCACGCAGCUCACGUGGCAGCAGCAGGAGAUGACACGUCAGCAGGAGCAGUCGUGGGCUCCACUACCGAUGCCGAUGGGGGGGCAUUUUGUGGGCCCGCAGAGACCCCCCGUCCUGCACGAAACCGACCUGGCAUUUGCGCACCAGCAGAGGCAGCUCACGCACCAGCGUCACUUCCAGGGGGGGCAAUUUUCGGGCCAUCCUAACCUCCCUUCCGCGCCCCAAUUCCCGAGAUUCCCGGCGCCGAAUCCUGCAGCUUUUUGGGAUAACCCGUCUGGCGCAGGGGGGCCUUCUCGUCCCUAUUCACACCUUGGACCGCAGCCCCACCCAGGGCAGCAGAGAAUAGGCCCUUUUCCACAGGGAGGUUGGCAGCAGCCCGGGAACCGGGGGCCUGUCGGACCAUCGCUAGCUAGGACCGCCAGCGCAGUAGAACAGGAGCUGCUAGGUAGAACUAGGUCGGGGCCGAGCGCCGCGUUCACGAACGAGAUGCCGAUCCCUGUGUCCGUUUUGCUUGCUGCGGGGAGAAACGCGGCCAAACAGCCGCACGGAAUGCUGACCCAGCCGGCGACCUCGGAGGAGUUGGGCCUGAUAGAGGACGAUGAGGUAAUCUUCAGGGGAAGGUAGAAGUCAAGUGGGCGGACUUUCUUCGGCGCUGGUAUGCUCAGACGUCGUGCCUUGAGGGAGAGUUGUUUUUGAAAGCCGUUAUUGAAACGGAGGGGAUGGUCAGAGCGUGUUCGUUAAGUGCUUUGGGAAUUACGAGCUUUUGGCACUCUAUAGAAACGUACACGAUGAGGGCGCUUGCCAGCGCCGAUGCAUCGUCGAAGUAUGUGAAGGGAUCUUUGAACGGUAUACCGGGUGCGGCUGUCUUUGGUGACCAUGCAUUCUAUUCGUGCACAACCCGCAUAAUCUGCUUGCACCGGUUUUUAGGCGCCGUGCAAGACAGUUUGAGAAAGUUGCACAUGCGGGCCUCUUGUCAGGCAAAGCAUUCUAUGAUCGUCACAGUAAGCAC